GUGGAUCCCGCUGAAGAUGAGGCACUCAGGAGGAUGGCUUCUCUCACCGUGCUGCUGCUGCAUCUGCUGCUUCUGCUCUCGUCUGCAUCUGCAUGGUACUACUCGUACUAUGGCGGAUCACUGACCUUCACCCCAAAAGGACGGUAUUCAAAUGGGAUUCAAACCGUGGAACUGCACAACACGCAAACUUCAGCGUAUUGCUAUGUGAAUGGCUACUCGUGCUCUUCUGGUGACUGUGGGUCCCAGACUGAAGUCACCAGCACAGCUGUUUCCAUAAAUUCCUUGCAUUUCAACUGGUGCCAAUAUGACGUGGACAGCAAAAUUAGACUCAACAGCAACCUCCCCUUUGAGAUUAAAUACCCCACUAGUCUCUAUUCCUACUACAGUAUGGGCUACUGGGCAUCAAACUUCAGAAGCUCAUUGGCUAACUGGGUAAUGACGGCACAUGUGGACCUGGGAACCCGAUCAGAUACUGGUGAAUCUAACAGCUCCCCCGUCACUGCUAUGUUGCCUCUUCUCAGAGUACCGAGGAACUGCCCACGAACAUACAACAUGGCGGUUUAUGAUCCUGAUGGUGACAAAGUCAGAUGCAGGGUACCAACAAACCCAAAUACAAAUGAGUGUGGGCUGUGUGGUCUGACUGCAGGUUUCUCUUUCGAUCAGAACUCCUGCACCCUGAAGUACAUAAACAGUAAUCAAUAUGGAACCCAUCCCAUUGAGCUCGUGGUGGAGGACUUUCCCAAUAAACUCAUUACGCUGUCCUACUCUGAUGGAUCCUACACAACAAAGAACCCUCUUCCAGUGUUGAGGCGUAGACGAGCUCCAACAACAGCCUAUCAAACAACAGCCGCUCCAACAACAGCCUAUCAAACGACGGCCGCUCCAACAACGGCCGCUCAAACAACGGCCGCUCCAACAACGGCCGCAACAAAAACAGCCGCUCAAACAACAACCGCUUCAACAACAGCCGCUCAAACAACAACCGCAGUGAUUUACCGAGCAACAAUUGCUCCUUUGAGCAAGAUUCCUCUGCAGUUUACUGUUUAUGUGGACUAUCACAAUGCCCCUUCAUGCCUUGAUGGGGAUUACUUUCCCGUUUUCUCAUCACCAACUCCGCGUAAUGGAGUGAAUCUUCCUGCGUAUGUCAACCGCACCCUCGAAAUCAAAGUCAAAUCCGAAGCACAAUACACCACGAUUCAUGACUUGAUUGUCACUGGACCACAGGGCAUUUGGAAGCAGAGAAUCUCCACAGAAGAAUUUAUCAUAAAGUGGACACCGACUACAAAUGAUUUGAAUGAUCAUUUUCCCAUUUGCUUCGUUUCAGAAGCAAGAGACAUAUAUUACCAAGUCUUUCAAUCAGAGCCACGCUGUGUAAUCGUGGAUGUGGGGUCCGAUGAGACCACUGUGACAUGCAAUGAAACAACGAUAACGGUGGAAGUGGAGAAGACCUCCCUCAUAAAACGCAACGAGGGCAAAUUGCAUCUGAAAGACUUUAACAAUGCUGCCUGUGACCUGAACACACGCUCCAACACAACCCACCUGGUGGCUGUCAUGUCGCUGAACACAUGUGGAACCACCGUAGAGGAGGAUGAAAACAACAUCAUCUUCAAAAACAUGAUCACAUCCGGUGACCCAGCCAAAGUCAUUUCCAGACAAAAUGACGUUGAGAUCGUCUUCUCCUGCGCCUAUCCAAAGCGAGCCAACCUGACGCUGGGUUUCACGCACAAGAACCCGUACAUCUUCACGGAGAAGGGCUUCGGGGCUUUCACGUUCCAGUUUGAAUUCUUCCAGAGCCAGCGGUUCAGGAAACAAAUUGAAAGCAGCACUUACCCAGUGGAGGUGUACCUCAAACAGAUGAUCUUCAUGCAGAUCGAGGCGACCUCUUCCAUCCCCAACGUAGAGCUGUUCGUGGAGUCCUGCAAGGCGACUCCAUAUGACAACCCAAACUCUCGCAUCAGCUACACCAUCAUCGAAAACGGGUGUGUUAAAGACAACACGGUGAAAAUCUACAACGGCUCCAAAUCUCAAUUCAGAUUUGCAAUGGAGGCUUUUGAGUUCAUCGGUGCUCAUGAAGAGGUGUACAUCACUUGCUCGGUCCUCCUGUGUGAGACCGGCGUUCUCGGGAGCAGGUGCUCUCAGGGAUGCAUCAACUCCUACUCAGGGAACACUCGAGUCAAAAGGGAAGCUGUGGCCCAAUCGUCCCGCCACACCAUUUCCCAGGGACCUUUGCACCUGGCUAAAAUAUCUGACAGCCCAGCAUCUGGCCCGAGCCUGAACAUGGGCCUGAACGUGAUCUUUAUCGUUGGCUGCCUCCUGGCAUGCGGAGUGGUGAUCUACAGAUCGAGGAGGUCCAAAGCUAAAUACCAACCGCUGCCAACCUCUGAGACAGACUGAAGACAGAGACGCCAUUUUGAUCCAGUCUGAUAAUGAGAAAGAUCUCAGCUACGGUGUAAUGUUUUUUUUUUUUCACUGCUAUAGUCAAUGUUUUUUGUAUCUUUUUUAGGUUAGUAGUAGUGUACGUUUACAUGCAAGACAGCAUGCAAACAGAAUAUAUCUUCUUCUUUUUUUUAACUUGUGGAGAGUAGUUCCACCUGCUGUGAAGCAUCUAACCUGCCAGAUACUGUAAUUAACAAAAGAAGAUGAAUUACUUAUCCCCAAAUUCAUUGAGAUGAUUUGAUCCAUGUCCGGCCUUGUUCCUUUU